GGUGACAAGAUUCCAACAUGACAAUAAAACUGGUGAUAAAAAAAAGUUACUAGUGAAAAUCACUGCAAAUAAAAAUAAAAAAAAAAUUAGUGCGCGGAACACAAUCAAAUUGGUUAUGUCACAAAUGAAUAGUUGUAGUAUAUAAUUAAUUGAGUGGUAGAUUUAAAAAACGUAAUUAUAAGGAAAAUAAAUAAGUGACAAUGUAUACAUUUGAUGUACAGCACAUCUUUGGAAAAAUUUACACCCGUUGUACAGCAGUUUCUUUGCCAAAAAUUAAUUUAUCGCGCUCUCAAAAGAUAUUAAUAAUAUGCUUAACGGGUGGAACGUUACUGCUAGGAAGCCUGGCAAAAUAUUUGAAACGGCGGCGACGACCACCUUACCCUCAUACACGCCGGCAGACUAUUCGUCAACGAUAUAUCAACACCAAAGGAUCUAAUUUCGAUGCUGUUUCUCAAGUAUCAUGGGCUAAAAGAAGUGAAGUCAGUACGAGAAGUCAUAUAAGCGAUCGAGCAUCUCUUGUUUCUUCGAUUCCUGGAGGUCCGGAAGGUGAUGUUAAAUUAACACCACAGCAAUACGGUGUCCUUGGAUUGGAGGCACUGGAGAAGGCGCUUUAUUGUUGGGAGGACGCUCUCACGGCAUUCAGUUGCACCCUUGGAAAUAAUGCGCUUGCAUUGCCUUCAAAAGCCGACGCGGCAUUUACACACGAUGUCCAGGAAUUGCUUGAUCUUGGCUAUCAAAUGCAGAGCACUGCUGAGCUGCUAUUCAUUGAUCAGCACUCGGUACUUUUCUGCAACGAAGAUGAAGGAAGUGAAGCGAGUAACCGGCGCGCGUCAACGGCACGUUCAUACGGUCGGGAAAAAGAUAAAGCGGAAGCUGCAUCAUCUCCCGAGUCGUUUGCGUCUGCAAAAGAUGGGGUGGCAGACUUGAGAGAAUUCGAAGAGUUUUUUGAAUUUUUCCCACACUUGGAGCAACAAAAAUUGUAUCAUGCCGCGCUGAAGGAGCACGAGGACAAAGGCAUUCAGUGCAGGCGGCUUCAUACAGAAUUAGUCAAGUGCGGCUCUGAUGUUGAGUACGUUGCUAAGGUUCACUGUUUACGUCAGGCCUACUCCAGACUCUUUACUUUGCCUGGAGCCGCGACCUGGAUCGCAGACAUUGGUCGCCAGGUCAUCAGUGACUUGAUUGUCUACGCUGAUAGGGAUCCUGAAGAAUAUCUCGUUCACUACGAGAACAUGCUGGAGUUUUUGGGAGACUCGAGUAACCACAAAAUAAUGCAAGAAGAACUGAGCGCCCGUGGAGUUAAAUGCAUUAAUUUCUAUGACAUAGUAAUUGAUUUUAUUUUACUGGACUCUUUUGAUGAAGUCGAUAAGCCGCCGUCUUCAAUAAAAGCAAUAUUACAAAACCGAUGGAUUUCUGCGAGUUUUAGAAAGACUGCAGUUGGUACAGCGGUGUGGUCAAUACUGGCCAGUAAGCGACAGAUGUUGAAGUACAAUAAAGGAUUCCUAACACAUUUCUAUUUUAUAUCUGAACAAGUGUCUCCGGUGCUGGUGUGGGGUUUCCUUGGGCCAGAAGGUUCACUCCGCUCGACAUGUCAAUACUUUCGAGAUCAAGUCGUCGAGUUUCUCGUAGAUAUUUUUAAUUUUUUUAAAGUACGUUAUACAAAUAUCGACGAGCUCGCGGAAGAUAUAUGGCGCGAGAUGCGAAUACGAGUGGAGAAUAUUAAUCAAAGACUAGCACUUGAAGGUUGUUGAUGAUUUAAUAAUAUUGUUAUUAUUAUUACACAUUUAUAAAUAGUGUAGCUAUGAAAAAUUCUACUAGUAGGAUUUAUAAUUUAAUGAUAUUAAUAACUCGGUACUGCCAUUUAGUAUCAUAAGAUUUAUAGCCCAAUUAAUUAAUAUUUAAUUAUGCAGCUGUAAAUUUUUGAACAAACUUAUAUUUAUUUCACUCGUCCGUCACUUUUUAUCAUGUACGACAUUAUUUUAUAGUUGUAAUUAUUUGUUUAAUAAUAAUUAAGCAUUUACCUUCGGUAUUACGCAUACGCACUAGCAUACAAUUUAGAAUUUUGUAUAUAUUCAUGUACAGUUUAGGAAACAUUUUUUUGUUUUUAUAUAAAUAUAACACGAGGUGUACAAAAUGAAUACCUAGUUACUGUAUUUUUUUUUUUAUAAAUAAAUUAUAUUUUUUUUUUAUACAUUUAAUUAAUUAGCUUUGUUCUAAGGGUGUGCGAAUCAUGUUCGGAUUGAAUAAUUCGAAAAUUUUUGAAUUAUUUGUAACUUUUAAAAUUACUCGAUUCGAAUUGAGAAAUUUCUGAUCAGCUUUCAAAUAUUCAAUUUUUAUUUAAUGGAGAGAUUAAUUUUUAAAGUAACCAAAAAUAAUUUUUUCGUAGAUUUGUGUCUGAGUUCUAUUUACCUCUGACUAAAAUUUGAAUUAUUAGAAUUUUAAAUCGUACAAAAAUUUACGGAUAAUUCGAAUUGUUUGAUUCGAUGAUUCGUAAGUUCGAACUAUUCGCAGACCCCUGCUUUAUUUAUAAAUAAUACAUUUAAAUAAAUUAUAAAUAAAUUGUCAUUUAUAACAACAUAAUUUUUUAAUAUUUUUUUUCAACUUUCCUUUGAAAUAAUUAACCUGGAAAGUAAAGUGAGUUGA